CAUAAAGUCUGCGUGAGUACGACGAGUAGGAGGGAAAAGGCAUCUUAAGGCAUCUUUGGGCAUCAAGCGACUAAAAUCCCUGCUCUUCACCCUGCUUUACAACCUGUAAUAUUCCCUUGCCACCCUCCUACCAAUAACCUUGUCAGUUGUCAGCAUUACUACCGCCCUACUCAUUAUUACUCGAGGUGAACCUUGGCAAACGCAGGCCCAGUUGGUUAGUCUCAAAGGCAGGCACGCACACACAUACAAGGAGACACACACCCUCCCAGCAAGUCCCUCGGUAGUCAAAACAAUGGCGUCCAGGACGGCGUUGCUAGUGAUUGACAUGCAGGUGGGCUUCACAGCCCAUGGUCGCGGAAACCCUGCCAAACGUCGUGAAACUCUGUGAUCGCUUUACCAAGGCCUCGUUGCCCAUCAUAUUCACCCAGCACGGUCACAGCGACUACGAACUCAAGACCACGCCGUCACCGAGUCAACUGGUGCGCAGAUGGAAGCCGGAAAACUCCAUCGCCACGGGCUCCCCUGACUGGGAACUCAUGGGCGACCUGAGACGAUACAUCCCGGAGUUCCCCCCUGAACCUCUGAAGGUGGGUGAGUCGUUCCCUCCGACCGGGGACGCGCAACUGUUCCCCAAGUUGAUGGCGAAGAACACCUACGACUCGUUCAUCAACACCAACCUAUCGACGAUCCUCGAGGCUGCGAAAGUAGAGCGAGUGAUCGUCUGUGGGGUCAUGACCGACGUGUGCUGCGACGCUUCGGCCAAACCAGCCUUCAGCAGAGGGUACGAGACUUGGUUCGUGAGUGACGCGACGGGGAGUGGAAACAAGAGUCAACACCUGGCGGGCCUCAAAUGCUAUUCCUUCGCCUAUGGGGAUGUUUUGAAGACGACAGAGGUAUUGGACCACCUGAAGUUGUAAUGAAUGGUGGUGAUUAUUACGAGUUAAACCCCCCCCCCCCCC